AUGAAUAAUAGCAUAUGGUCUUUGGCGCGUAAAGGGUUAUCCUUUACCUCCAAGCCACUCAUAUUUUCCCGUAAUGCUGCUCAACUUACAUCGAUUCAUGCUAUAACAUCAAUGAGAACCCAGGAAUCAACCGUCAACCACUCUUUGGAAAUAGCCAACAUGAGAAAGAGGUUGUUAGCGAGACCAGGAUUAUUGGGAGUGAAAAGAGGAAUGAUAACAUGGUACACUGAUGAUGGAAAGCAAUUUGGAGCUACCGUUAUAGAAAUCGACAAUUGUGAAGUUAUCGAGAAUAAAACCGUAGAUACACACGGUUACACCUCAGUUUUACUUGGACAAUGUGAUAAGUUGAAGAAUAUUACUGAUAAGAACUUGAGAAAGUUUCAAGAAGCUGGUGUUUCUCCAAAAAAGCAUAUUGGUGAGUUCAGAAUUAGAGAUGAAAGUGGGUUGAUUCCAGUCGGAACUGAACUUACAGCUGAUUACUUUGCUGUAGGCCAAUUAGUGGAUGUGAAAGCCAUUACCAAGGGUAAAGGAUUUGCUGGUGUUAUGAAAAGACACGGGUUCAAGGGUUUAAAAGCAACACAUGGUGUCUCCAAGGCCCACAGAUCUGCUGGUUCCAUGGGUGCUACUCAAACACCCGGUAGAGUUUUACCCGGUAAGAAGAUGGCAGGACGUAUGGGUGGUAAAAGCUGCACUGUUUUUAAUAAUGAAGUGUUGCAUGCCGAUGCUGAAGCCGGAAUUAUAGUUCUUAAGGGACAGAUCCCAGGUCCUAACAGAAGCUUUGUCAGAAUUAGCGAUGCCCAAAAGCUUUACAGUAAGUCCUUAAUGUGUAUGAAAUAG